CAAUUGAAUCCCCGAAAAAAUGAUGUCCAAGAGAUUAUUUGCCGUAUUGGCCGUACUUGUAGGAGCACAAGCUGUUGUGGGCUUAACCAUCAUUUCCAAGUCUGAAUGGGGUGGUGCUGCCGCUACUAGCAAGACCUCAUUGGCUAAUGGUUUGGCUUAUGCUGUCAUCCAUCAUACUGAGGGUGCUGCCUGCUCCAACAAGGCCACUUGCAGCCAACAAAUGAGAAAUAUCCAACACUAUCAUCAGAAGACUUUGGGUUGGGCUGAUAUUGGUUACAACUUUUUGAUCGGUGGUGAUGGCAAUAUUUAUGAGGGCCGUGGCUGGAAUGUAUUGGGUGCUCAUGCCUCCAACUGGAAUUCUAAGUCAAUUGGCAUUUCUUUUAUAGGCAACUACCACAAGGAGAAGCCAACAGCUGCUCAAAUUACCGCUGCUAAGAAUUUGUUGGCUGCUGCUGUGUCUCGUGGUCAAAUUAAAUCGGGUUAUGUUUUGUAUGGUCACCGUCAAGUUGGCUCAACUGAUUGCCCUGGCAAUAACUUAUACACCGAAAUCAAGAAAUGGUCGAACUGGAAGGCUUAAGUUUGGUGGUGAAUGGUGAAUUUUAGAAAUUGAAUGAAAAAUAAAUAUUAAUA